UGAUUCAUUCAUUCCUGAUGGAUGAAAUACAUUUUUUCUUGUUAAUUUUCUUGAAAUUUUAGGUAAAUUUUUUACAUUUUGUACUAUGUGAUUUUUCUAAUACUUCUAAUACUAUCAUACCAUCUAUGAUAUCUAUCUAUCGAUACCAUCUAAUUAAAGUUUUAAUGAUUAUUAUUCAUGUAUUCUUAGUGCCUGUUAUACUAGAUUUGAAACAGAUUGUGUUAUUUAUAGGUCAGAGAUUUUUCUGGUCUGCCAGGCCUUGAAGAAGUAGUUCUGUCGUCUGGUGGGAUCGAGCCGAUUGACACCAAUGUGUUCAGAUCUCACGUGUUGUUAAGAACUCUGGACCUUCAAAAAAACAGUUGGAGACAGCUUCCCCGGGGCCUGCCCUCUGGCCUGGAGAUCCUCCAUUUAGGCCACAACAGGAUUCACAGCCUACAAGAGUCGCCCCUGGAGGGCCUCAAGAAGCUGUAGGUCCUGAACCUCCAGAAUAACCAGAUUAGCACCUUCUGCGCAAACACCCUAACAUGACUUCAAAAGCUUGAGUGUCUUUAUCUGGAUGGAAAUAAAAUUGAAUCAAUACAUGGCACCCCCAGGUUGCCCUUUCUAAAUUUGCUUAGCAUGGGAAGUAACAGGAUCUCCUCCAUAUCAUCAACGUUCUUCUCUUCACUGCAGCUUCUAAAAACAUUAGAUUUGUCUUCAAACUACUUCACCAAAGUCCCUCACGAUCUUCCUCGGUCUCUGGUACAUCUGAACCUGGACAGUAUUCAGAUCUGAUAGCUGAGGAAUCGUGACAUGUCCCAGCUGCACAACCUCAUUACCCUUUCAGGGCUAGUAUCAGUCGACGGGGGUCUUCGUCUGCCUAAUCUCUCUGUGUGCCAGUUGGCAGGAAACCAGCUACGAAUACUGCCUGCUAGAUUGACCCCUAAACUUGAAAAGCUGGACUGCAGGCAGAACAAUAUCCAGGAAGUCUCUUUUCAGCAACCAGCAGGGAUGAAACUACUCAAACAUCUCUUUUUGGAAAACAACUCCAUCCAAAACUUUGAAGCCAAUGCCCCUGUCCUCUGAAGUAAACCUUCCAGAGACACCGGUCCAUUUGGAUCCGAAGGGAAACAACACUGACACGAUACAUGAACGUGAGCUGAAGCCUCUCAGGCGACUGCAGGUGUUAAAUCUGCACAACAACAAACUCUCCACCCUGCCUGCAUUGAACCUACCAAAACUAAAACUUCUAUAUUUGGAUGGAAACCCGUGGCAGUGCAGCUGUGAACUCCUUGAGGUCAAAAAGGACCUUUUGGCACAGGAUGUGGAAAUCAGGCCUGAUUUCUGCAGCGAGCCUGUCCAUGAAUCUCUUGAUGAAUGGCGAGCUUAUGUACUGGCACAAGAUAUCUGUGAGAAGCAGACUAGGAAAGAAAAACUGAACACAUAGACAACGAGGAAUACGAUGAUUGUGAUUUGUAAAUGUAAUCCUUACAUAUGAAGACAUAACUGUAAUGUUGUUCUGCCUCUCUGCAUGUUUUGUUUCUGCCAUCCCUUAAAAAGAAUGAACAAUAAAUGAUCACUGUUGUAGUGUUUUGUCCAGUUUGGUCACCAUCAGAGAUAUG